UAAUCUAUUUCACUAAUUUUAUCUGGAAAAAAAAGUGCAAUAGUCUUGUCACUCUCUGUCUUCUUCACCAGUUUGGUGGAAAGCAGUGACGCCAUGACAUGAAUGAAAAUCUGGUAUCAACGCCUCUUCUUCCCUCCCAUUCUCACAAUCGACAUUUCCAUUUACAUUACACACUUGAUAGUUGAUACUACACACAUCCUCCUUCAAAAGUUACAGCAUUCCUUACAUUUCCAACAUCAUUCACUUUCCUUCUGUUUAUUCAUCAGUCAUCACUAACUAACUACCCCACCCAACAACUUCAUACAUAAUCACAUUCUCAAUUUCUCAGCACCAAAAAACCAACACAAAUUGCCACACACAAAAAAAAAAAAAAUACAGUACAAUCCUUAAAAAAUGCCUCCUCAAACACCAACAACACCAAACAAAUUUUAUUUCUACUACGGUCACCGCCAACCCUCCCAAAACCGUCCAACCGUACGCGGCGGCCUUUUCUCCAAUCGCCAAACUCUCACUCCUCCCAAACCUAAAACCACAUCCCGCCCUUUCGAAAUCCAAAAGUGGGACCCACACUUCCUCUCCCAACAAAACCCCUCACCACCGCCAUCACCAUCCCCGGCAGCAUCAUUCUCUGCGUCCCUCCGCCUCUCCCCGAUCGUUCGAUUCAUCGUCGACGCUUUCCGCAAAAACGGUUACAAGUGGGGCCCAUCGGUUAUAACUGAACUCAGCAAAUUCCGUAGGGUUCCUCCCAACCUUGUUGCUGAGGUGCUUAAAGUCCAAACUAACCCUACCAUAGCUUUCAAGUUUUUCCGCUGGGUAGAAAACCAGAAAGGUUAUCAUCAUAAUUUCGCUUCAUUUAAUGCAUUUGCUUAUUGUCUUAACCGUGCAAAUCAUUUCCACGCCGCGGAUCAGCUCCCUGAGCUGAUGGACGCUCAGGGAAAGCCUCCGUCUGAGAAGCAAUUCGAGAUUUUAAUUCGAAUGCAUUCUGACGCAGGAAGAGGUCUUAGGGUUUAUCAUGUUUAUGAUAAGAUGAGGAAUAAGUUUGGUGUGAAACCUAGGGUUUUUUUGUAUAAUAGGAUUAUGGAUGCUUUGGUUAAGACUGGGCAUUUGGAUUUGGCGUUGUCGGUUUAUAAUGAUUUUAGGGAGGAUGGAUUGGUUGAAGAGAGUGUUACUUAUAUGGUUUUGGUAAAGGGAUUGUGUAAAGCUGGGAGGAUUGGUGAGAUGUUGGAGGUUUUGGGGAGGAUGAGGGAGAAAUUGUGUAAGCCGGAUGUUUGUGCGUAUACCGCGUUGGUUCGAAUUAUGGUUGCAGAGGGGAAUUUGGAUGGUUGUUUGAGGGUUUGGGAAGAAAUGAAGAGAGACGGAGUUGUGCCGGAUGUCAUGGCAUAUGGUACUGUCAUUGGUGGUUUGGCUAAAGAGGGAAGGGUUAAGGAGGGUUAUGAGUUGUUUAAGGAGAUGAAGAGUAAGGGUCAUUUGAUAGAUAGAGCGAUAUAUGGAUCGUUGAUUGAGUCGUUUGUGGCGGGGAAUAAGGUUGGUUUGGCUUUUGAUUUGUUGAGGGAUUUGGUGAACUCAGGAUACCGAGCCGAUUUGGGGAUUUAUAAUAACCUUAUUGAAGGUUUGUGCAAUUUGAAUAAGGUUGAGAAGGCUUAUAAGCUUUUCCAAGUCACUAUUCAGGAGGGUCUUGAGCCGGACUUCUUAUCUGUAAAAUCGUUAUUGUUGGCCUAUGCCGAAGCGAAAAGAAUGGAAGAAUUUUUUAAGUUGCUUAAAAAGAUGGAGAAAUUGGGAUUUCCACUCAUUGACGAUCUGUCCAAAUUCUUCUCCCAUUUGGUUGAGAAGAAAGGACCGGUAAUAUCACUAGAGGUAUUUAUACACUUGAAAGAAAAAGGUUAUGUUAGUGUUGAAAUAUACAAUGUUCUUAUGGAUUCUCUUCGAUUGAGUGGUGAAUUGAAGAAAGCAUUAUCACUCUUCGAUGAAAUAAAGGGCUCGGACAUGAAGCCUGACUCGUCAACAUAUAACAUAGCAAUUCUAUGCCUUGUUGAUUGUGGUGAAAUUCAGGAGGCUUGUGUAUGUCAUAAUAAAAUCAUUGAGAUGUCUUGCAUUCCUUCUGUGGCUGUUUAUCAUCGCCUUGCUAAAGGUCUUUGUGAAAUAGGAGAGAUUGACGAAGCCAUGAUGCUUGUUAGAGAUUGCUUAGGCAAUGCUACUAGUGGACCUAUGGAGUUUAAGUAUUGUCUUACCCUUAUUCACAUAUGCAAAUUUAAUGAUGCAGAAAAGGUGAUUGAUGUAUUGAAUGAGAUGAUGCAACAAGGUUUCCCUUUAUGCAAUGUUGUAUGUUCUGCAAUCAUCUCUGGCAUGUGCAAGCAUGGAACAAUUGAAGAGGCCAGAAAGGUUUUCUCAAAUUUGAGAAACCGCAAAUUGUUGACAGAAUCUGAUACUAUUGUGUACGACGAAUUACUAAUUGAUCACAUGAAGAAAAAGACAGCGGACUUGGUAAUAUCAGGAUUGAAGUUCUUUGGUCUAGAGUCUAAACUAAAGUCAAAAGGUUGUAAGCUGUUGCCAAGUUGAAAACUGUUAUGGUGGAGACUAAUUAUUUAUUUCUUUUUGGUCAUUUAUAUUGAUGCUGCCUGAGAAGCAUUUUGGAGAGGUCAACUGUUUUUUUAUUUUUUUUAGAGCAUCUCAUAUGUUCAAUUCCGUGGCUGCGAACACUUUACAUAUUACAAAGAAUUAGACACAUGUUUUUGGACAUUAUUGCUUACUUUAUACCGUUGGACACUGUUGAACUAUGGCAGUCAUCCGUUCUGAGUUGCACAGAUUGUAUCAUGUAACAGACAAUGUCGCUUUGGAAAGAUGACUCGACAUCAAAUCAUAGCAUAAACUUACGCUCGCUUCGUGGCGGUAUUUGGAGUUCUGAGUAUCAUUUUAUAGUGUUGCCUGCUUCAAUCUUUUGUAAAUUGAAAAAUAUAGAUAUUUUGAUUUAUAUUUUUAUCAGACAAAGUAUACGAUGUAGAGUAUUGAUGUGUUAUUAAUAUUUAAGCAAAAUCUCUUUGUUCAAAGUUAA